UGUCCGCGGCGUCAGGCGCGGCGCGGGGCAGCCCCGGGGGCUUGAGGCGGCGUCGGGGCCUGUGGCGGCGGAGGUGGAGGCCGGGCUGAGGCGGCGGAGGGGGUCGCGAUGCCGCUCUUUGCCCCCAACCCCUUCGAGCAGGACGUGGAAAAGGCUACGAAUGAAUACAACACCAGUGAAGACUGGGGUCUUAUUAUGGAUAUAUGUGACAAAGUUGGAAGUACUCCUAAUGGAGCAAAGGAUUGCCUUAAAGCCAUCAUGAAGAGAGUGAAUCAUAAAGUUCCCCAUGUGGCUUUGCAAGCACUUACACUUUUAGGAGCCUGCGUAUCAAACUGUGGAAAAAUAUUUCACUUAGAAGUGUGUUCGCGUGAUUUUGCUACUGAAGCUCGAGGUAUAAUAAACAAGGCUCAUCCAAAAGUAUGUGAAAAGCUCAAAGCGCUAAUGGUGGAGUGGUCAGAAGAAUUUCAGAAAGACCCACAGUGUAGCUUAAUAUCUGCAACAAUUAAAUCCUUAAAAGAAGAAGGUGUGACUUUUCCUGCAGCUGGAUCCCAGGCUACCACAAAUGCUGCUAAGAAUGGUUCAUCAUUAAGUAAGAACAAAGAAGAUGAAGAUAUAGCUAAAGCUAUCGAAUUGUCUUUGCAAGAGCAGAAACAGCAGCAAAUGGAAACCAGAUCUUUGUACCCAGCUGCAGAGAUUCAGCAGAACAACCAGAACUCGAGGAAGGUGCGAGCUCUCUAUGACUUUGAGGCCGUCGAGGACAAUGAGCUCACCUUUAAAAGUGGAGAAAUCAUUUUUGUUUUGGAUGACAGUGACGCCAAUUGGUGGAAAGGCGAAAAUCACAGAGGAGUAGGACUGUUCCCAUCUAAUUUUGUGACUUCUGAUUUGACUGUGGAACCCGAGGCAGCAACUGUGGAUAAGAAUUCUGUUCCUGAGGAAACCCCGGAAGAGAUUAAGAAAGCGGAACCUGAGCCAGUUUAUAUAGAUGAGGAUAAGAUGGAUAAAACACUGCAGGUACUCCAGAGCAUAGAUCCUACAGAUUUAAAGCUUGAUUCUCCAGAUCUUCUUGACUCCGAAGGUAUCUGUCAGCAGAUGGGCCCAAUGAUAGAUGAAAAACUGGAGGAGAUAGACAGGAAACAUUCGGAGUUGUCUGAGUUGAAUGUGAAAGUUCUGGAAGCUCUGGAGCUCUAUAACAAACUGAUGAAUGAGGCGCCGAUGUAUUCAGCCUACUCAAAACUCCACCAUCCUGCACAAUACCCCCCUACAUCUUCUGGUGUUUCAGUGCAGUCAUUUCCUGUGCAGCCGCCGAGCGGGAGCUACCUGAUCCAGGGCGUUCAUCCGGUCACCAUGUCCCCGGGCUACAGCCUUGGGCACGAUCAGCUGGGGCAGCUGAGGUCUCUGCCUCAGAGUAUAAACUCUUCUGGAGCAACCCAGCCAGCUCAAGCUGCCUACUUAAGCCCAGCACCGGAUGCUGUGUUGAACCAGACGUACGUGAGCCAGAGCGCGAGUCUCCCAUCGGCUGCCGGCACCUCGGCCUACAGCCAGCAGCAGCUGGGAAUGGCAGUGGAUAUGUCAGCGUACCAGAACAACGCAUCCAGUUUGCCUCAAGGACCAGGUUAUCCAGUGGCAGUUCCUGCUCAUUCCGUUCUACAGCAACAAACAAACUACCACCAGCAGCCUCUCCUUUAAAACCAAAACAGCUCGUAUUGCUGAAUUAAUGAGUAAGGUUUGCCUGACCUAAUGAUUUAUAUGAAUACCUGUCAUGGGUGUCAAAACACAUUUUCCUUUUAAAUAACCCAACUUACUCUGUUAGGGUGAUGCCAAGUACAAAUGCGCAUCGGAUCUGAUUGUUGAGCAUAAAGAUAGACUAGCUGAUGGUUUAAAAUCACUUCAGAUUACAUUGAGCCCUUAUUUCAUUGCUUUCAAGAAACACCACUUGUGAAUGUUAAGUUAGAAGAUUAUCCAGAGAUUAUUUUCUUUUAAAUGUGUUUCUGAAGGCUUGAGGAUGCUUAAUCAUCGUUAUGUGUUUCUCGUUACGCAUCACCUCCUCUGGUACCUUACUCUAACCCUUCUCUCCGAGUGGCUUUAGGGACUCUCUGCUGAUGUAGACGCCGCUCUCUGCGCUGCUGUAGCGAGCUUUACAAUACGACGCACACUGUGUCACUGGAACAACUGCGCGAGUUCAACACAUGAGAGCUGGGAGAGAAAACUAUCUGAUGUUGUGACAGUGAGGACCAGGUACCUACAGGAACGUGAGAAGCGAGAUUUUGACAGUUCUGUUAGAUUUUGGGAAGCUGCAGAGCACUUUUCCUGUGUUUCUCUGGAAGAACACGGAUGGGGUUAUGUUAGGACUCACUCGUGUCCUUCGGCAGCGGUGGUGCCGCAAGCACAAGUCUCCUUUGCGAGAGCAGGCAAGGGAUGCUCCCAGCUGACUGUGUGGGCGCGAGGUGGGUGUACGGUGCUGAGCCGGGAGCUUGUACAGAAUCUCUUUUCUUUUCCUUCUUGGAUGUAUUUAGAAGUGAAGGAAUAUUGUAGUUCCUUGCGGUAAAGGAGGGGCUCCAGAAUGUUUGAAGCUUAAGACUGUGAGAAUCUGCCUUGAUCCCUUUCCAAGGGGGAGCCGAGUGGAAUAGGAAUCAUCUUUAUGGGACCAGAGGCUUCUUGCCUCUCUUGGAUUUCCUUUCUUUGCCACCAUGUCCACAUGUAAAUAAACAUCGAUUGUGGUCACAGGAACCCUUAAACUGUCUGGAAAAGGUGUAUUUGACACAGAACACGCGUGCUCUGUGAGUGGGCCGGCUCCUCAGGUAAUGCAAGGAGCGGCUGCAUAUUGAACGUGACAGGCGUGUCGUUAGGAAAGGAGUCGCCUUGGAACUGUGGAAGCAGAGCAGUUGGUGGCUAAGAAAAGAAAUUCAAGAAUUUCUUCCCUGAUGCACUUUUUAAUGGGUGGGGCUUGUACAGAGGGAGCAGCUGAGCUGAGUUAUCUUUCAGGAAUGCGGGAUUUCUUUUAUUGUGUCUGCCUCUGAAAAAUAUCACUUUGUUCUUCUCCUGUUUACCUCCUCGCUUCAGAGUAGUCACGCUUAUACCUACGUUUAAUGGCUUUAUGAUGAGUAAUAAUCUUCAAAUUGGGAAAAUAAUGGAAGCAAAUCUUGAUUCAAUGCACAGAGCUCCCAGAUGAAUGUGUUUGGUAUCUAAAUUCUCUCCCAAAUGACAAUUAUCUGAUUGUAGGUUGUCAUUGAGUAAUAAAAAACACCCUUCACUCAGCACCACCUCCAUUUAUUUACAUUUUAUUUAAUUAAUUUAAUAUCAUAACCUUAUUCACUUGCAGCCUCGUACUUAUGCAAUAAGGGGUUUGGUACCCGCUCCUUAAAGGAUGUCUUUACUUAAAUGUGUGCAAUUGGAAAGAAGCUUUUGCCUUUCCUUUUGAGUUGAUUUAAUUUGUCUUUAUCCUUCCCCUCGAAGUAGUUUUGUACGAAUAACACAUGUUGCAAUACUGGAGGAUUUUGGUAACUUGUUCUUUUAAGAAGAAAAAACACUGCUGCUGUUCAAAAUCCUUUUUGUUUGGAGAUCUUUUUAUGAGUGUUCCAGGUCGGUGUGUGGUCAAACAAAAACUUGCUGUCACUUAUGUAGAUUCCCUGUGUUUGUUAGUCAAAUAAAGUAGGUGUCUUUAUUGGAUUUGAGACUUUGGUCCAGCAGAACUAUGGCUAGAGAGAUGUGAUUUGAAUCUGUUCAGUUAAUUAUGAGAUACAAAUAAUGUAUAUACUCAUUUGUCUGACAUUUUCUACAUCUAUGCCUGCUCCUGAAGCCUGAAGUUUUAUAACAGCAGGAUCUCUCUUUCUGUCAUUCUCUUAUAUUCCCAAUUCUGUGAUACGCACCUUGUAGAUAGUGUACGAUAAUUUAAUUAUUAAAUAGUGUAUUUAGAGGGUUUUGGUGUUAAUAGGGUCUGUUGGUUUUUUUCUCUUCACACUUCUAUACAUCAUCAUAUUUAUUUUUAAGGCCUGAUUGUAACUGAACACGCUGCCAAAGGAUUUAUCUAACUUCCGAUUUCUACAUUGGGUUUCUACCUACUGUUUUGUAUGGGGAAUCAAUGGUAGAGAACUGCUUUUACAUAGAAACUCCUAAUGGGUAACAGAGGCGUUUGUGCGACUUUAUAAUGAGAACUCUCUUGUAACGUAUUUGUUUCGUGGGCGUUGGAAAUACCAAUGCGAUAAAUUGCCUUCUCAUAUGAGCUGGCAACCUCUUGUGUUGAAGUCAGAGCCAGCUGAAAGGAGUCGGAGGUGUCUGCAGCGUCACUGCUGUGAGGAAUUGCGAUCACUAAGCAGCCUUGCCUUGACUGGUUGAUUCAGUGCAGGAGAUGCGGUGGUAAAAAAUCACAUUGUUUCUGUGACGAGAAACGGUGAAGAGUGUUUUGUGUUGGUGUUCCUUCAGGCUGUGUCCGUAGCUGCUCCUGGACUGCAGAACGGUGCUGUUCCCAUGAAGGCUGUCCAUUAGCCAGGAGAGCCGAGCGGGACACGGCUGCAGCCGCAAGCCCUUACAAGAAUUCUUUUCCGAUAGGAAGACUUUUUUUCCCCCCUUAAAUUUAUCUAUGCAUCUUUUCUAGGGAAUAGCAGGCACUGCUCUUGCUUUCACUGAACACUGUGAUGUGUCUGUUGAAUAACUUUCUAGGCUUGAUGGCUCUCACCAGUUGAGUUGUGCAUGGAGCUGACUCAGGCUGCUCUGAAGGGGUGAAGGUGGAAAAAUGAAGGAAAGGAGAUAGAGGCGGGUGGGUUCUGAGCUCUGGGCUUUGGAUUCAGACCGGGGUUCCGCUCUGUGGUGUGGGGGGUUGAGGAGGCUAUGCCCUGGUUGAUCAAUUAUCGCAGUUCUUGCAGAGAAUCCCCUUGGAGUUGCAGUAUUAAGAACGGGGGAUCUGUUGUGUUGGAGCAUCUGUCUGGCCUCCUGUCUGCAAUACGUGUGCACCGCCUUGUGUGAAUAAACCUG